GUACCGUCAAUACGACACAUUGGCAACAACAGCUAAAUUAUGCACAGUUAUCUCGUCAAUCAGCUACACCUCACCACCACGCACGACAGGCUGCCGCUGCUGCUCGUAACAGUAGCAUUGGUAGCUCAGCAAUCGCAAUAACAGAUCCAAACAAUCCGAAUAAACCACCAUUAAAUGGCGUUCUUUCAAAAAAAGAGACAAAUGGAGAUAAGCACGAUCCACCUUUUCAGCAAUGGAUGACUAUUGAUCUGGGUGGUAUGGGCCUCAAAAAUAUUAGUAAAGAACUAUUCCAAUACGGCUUUCUCACCACUCUCUAUAUAAAUCAUAACAACUUGACAUACAUUUCUCCGGAAAUAUCCAAGCUAAGACAUCUUUUCUUGUUAGAUAUCUCUGGUAAUAAAUUGUCAGUUAUACCGCCUGAGUUAGGCAUGCUGACGAAUUUAAGAGAUCUUCUACUGUUUGAUAACAUGAUCGUGACUUUGCCUUUUGAAUUGGGUACACUCUAUCAAUUGGAGACACUCGGGUUGGAAGGAAACCCGAUAAAUGAAACAAUAAAAUCUUUGCUACAAAAAGAAGGUACAGCGGCUGUUGUAUCAUUUUUGCGGGAGAAUUGUCAAGUACCACCGCCUCCAAUGGAAAGGGAUUGGAUAACAUUAGAGAAUGAACCCGCUGGUGGAGAUCGUGCAGAUACUUUUACGCUCCUUUGCUAUAAUAUCCUGUGUGAAAAAUACGCCACUACUCAACUAUAUGGAUAUACUCCUUCGUGGGCCCUUUCAUGGGAUUAUCGGAAAGAUCGGAUCAGACGCGAAGUGUUGAGGUAUAAUGCGGACAUUGUGUGCCUUCAGGAGGUUGAUACUUCACAAUAUGAAGAAUUCUUCAAGGAUGUAUAUAGUAAGCAUGCUGAUUAUGAUAGCGUGUAUUGGCCAAAAUCACGUGCAAAGACAAUGACUGAUGUAGAAAGGAAAUCGGUCGAUGGAUGCGCAACAUUUUUUAAGUCUUCAAAAUAUAAAUUAAUCGAUAAACAAUUGAUUGAGUUUAAUCAAGUUGCGUUGCAGAGGCCCGACAUAAAAAAAACAGAAGAUAUGUUCAAUCGUGUUAUUACCAAAGACAAUAUUGCAGUUGUAACAUUACUCGAGAACAAGGAAAAUUUUUCACGUCUUAUUAUUGUAAACUGUCAUAUUCAUUGGGACCCCUCAUACGCAGAUGUCAAGCUUGUUCAAGUUGCAAUGCUAAUGGAUGAACUAGACAAACUUGCUCAAAAAUGGUGUGAUAUACCUAGUAAAUCAAUUUAUAAUUACAGCUCCCCACAAAAGAUAUCAACCAUAAUUUGUGGGGAUUUCAAUUCUACUCCUGAUUCUGGAGUGUACGAAUUUCUUUCGCGUGGUACCAUAAAACAAGAUCAUUGUGAUUUUGGUGAUCAUAUUUAUGGUUCAUAUGUAUCGGAGGGUUUGUCACAUAGGCUUUCACUAAAAUCUGCAUAUUCCAAUCUCGAGGAGUUGCCAUUUACCAAUUUCACACCUAGGUUUACUGGGGUCAUUGAUUACAUUUGGUAUUCUACUAAUACAUUAUGUGUUACUGGUCUUUUGGGCGGUGUGGACAAAGAAUACAUGUCAAAAAUGGUUGGAUUUCCGAAUGCACAUUUCCCUUCCGAUCAUAUUGUAAUCCUGGCCGAAUUUCGUGUAAAGCCUCCACAACCAAUACAACCACCGCCUCAAUUUGGUGGCUUAUCAAAUGGUGGCAAUAGCAACAGUUCGCAACGGAGACUUAACACCCAAUUAGGUUCUAAGAAAUAG